AAAAAAAGAGCCGCAGCCCCGCAGUUCUGCCAGCACCGCCCCCCAUCCUAGCUCCCUCUCCCCUCCAUUUCCCUCGCUUCUAUCCUCCCCGCUCCCUGUUCCUGUCUUGCCAGGUCAGAGCCAAGUGUGAGUCUGUGUACAUUGGUGAGUUGCGCGUGCCUGGGUGUGAGUGAGUGCGCGCGCGCGCGCGCCCGCCCGCCACCGCUGCGCCCGCAGGAGCCCCAGCCGUGCGCGCGGGAGCGGGGCUCCGAACCUGGGUCUCCUCCCCUCCCCCAGGCCGCGGAACCCGGGUAUCUCCUCCUGCCCCCACCUUGCCGUCCCCUCCCCCCACCCGGGCCCCCCCCCCCCGGCUCCGGCGGCUGUGCUACAAGAUGGCGGGAUCGGUGGCCGAGAGAGAGGCGCUGGAGAAACUAGAAGAUGGGCAUUUAAACAACUCUUUGGGAUCUCCUGUCCAAGCGGAAGUGUACUUUCCAAGACUGAUAGUACCAUUCUGUGGGCAUAUUAAAGGUGGAAUGAGGCCAGGCAAGAAGAUCUUAGUGAUGGGGAUUGUAGACCUCAACCCUGAAAGUUUCAAGAUCAGUUUGACAUGUGGAGAUUCUGAAGACCCUCCUGCCGAUGUGGCCAUUGAACUGAAAGCUGUAUUUACAGAUAAGCAACUGAUCAGAAAUUCUUGUAUAUCUGGAGAAAGAGGUGAAGAACAAUCAGCAAUUCCUUAUUUUCCUUUCAUCCCAGAUCAGCCAUUUAGGGUGGAAAUUCUUUGUGAACACCCACGAUUUAGAGUAUUUGUGGAUGGACACCAGCUUUUUGAUUUUUAUCAUCGAAUUGAAACACUGUCUGCAAUUGACACAAUAAAGAUCAAUGGAGACCUCCAGAUCACUAAACUUGGUUGAUCUUGGUGCCCAGACCAUCACCCCUAUUCCAAAAUAGGAGCAGAUGCCACCCUCGCUUGUCUGGAAGAUCAAUCCUAGCAGGAGAUAGAGACUUAUCUAAAACAAAACAAACAAAAACAAACAAACAAAAAGACGAGCUUCCCAGUCUCUGUGUGCAGUUUAAAUCCAAAAUGAGGACUUGAACCGUGAUUUACCCUCACGAAGAAAACUUUUGGGUAACAGACACUGAGCCGUUGUUCCUGGAGCAAAGUAAUAUAUUUACUGGGUUUUGUUCCUAUCAAACUAGAAUGGGUUUGGGGCUUAAUUGGCAGCAGUGUAUUCAUCUUUCUUUCACAGAAGGAGGUCUGCAAACAAAAAGUGCUAAAAAAAUUAUAAUUUAAACAUGGUACACAGAAAAGUUUUCAUUUGUGCAACUAUUGUUUCUGCACUGAUGUAGAUUCAUGUAGCACAACCAAUAAUAAUUUAGUCAGGGUAUUUACAUAGAAUGUAGGUUGUUAAAGUUUUUUGCACAGUAUAAUAUUAAUACAGUUUUUAAAGCUUU